GAGGAGUUUGACAGUAUUGAGGAGGCGCUCCCGGACACUGACGUCCUCUACAUGACCCGAAUACAGAAGGAGAGGUUCGAGUGCAAGGAGGAUUACGACAAUUGCUUUGGACAGUUCAUCCUCACUCCACACAUCAUGACCCGCGCCAAGAAGAAGAUGGUGGUGAUGCACCCGCUGCCGCGCGUCAAUGAGAUCAGCCUUGAAGUAGACUCGGACCCCCGCGCCGCGUACUUCCGCCAGGUGGAGAACGGGAUGUACGUGCGCAUGGCGCUGCUGGCCACCGUCCUGGGAAAGUACUGACCCUGAGAGAUUCACAAUGGACCAAACCCCCUGUGCCGCCUGGAGUGGACGGAGACCCCGGAUAGAAGCCCCUCCCCCCGUGACUAUGCACUGGCCCCGCCUCGUGUCCUGCUCCCUGGGCUGGUUCCAGAUUGUUCUACUGGCUGGAUGAUGACGCAAUAUAGCCACGCCCCCUGCCUACUGGUCCCACCCAUCUCCAUACACCCUGGCGUGUUCCAUGUAAAUCACAUGUUCCCACUAGCGUUCUUCUUUCUCCUUGUAGCGACAUUCCAAGAGGCCACGCCCCCACCCUGUAAUGCCAUCUUUUCAGCAGACAAUAAAGCACUUCCUGUCUGUAG